AUGGUGAGGGAACAGCGAAUAGAGCCAUUCUACAGGCGACUGCGUGAUGCUACCUCUGCCUCCACCUCUUCCCCUCUAUUGAUCUUUCCAUCGUCAUCGGACGUUGAUUCUCUUUGUACACUGAAGAUUAUAACUCACAUACUCUCUUCCGAUUCUGUUCGGUACUCUGUCUAUCCAGUUUCCUCUUCAGGCGAAAUCGAAAAGCACGCGGGUACAAGUCUCAGAUCUGAUAGCAAUGUUACUCUCCUUCUGAUUAACUGGGGCUGCCACCGUGAUAUUCGCCGAAUCCUUAAUCUUGGACCUCAUGUUCAUGUUUUUGUUGUUGAUAGCCACCGUCCGGUCCACCUUCACAACCUUAGUGAACAAAAUGAUCAGGUGAUCGUGCUCUACACACUCGAGGAUGAGAAUCAGGCUGAUCUAGCAUAUGAUUUUGACGUUUCUACGCUGGCUAAUGCAUCUGACCUUAACAGUGAUGAUGAGUUCGAAGAGGAAUCAGAGAGUGAUGAGGACAGUGAUAGUGAUGAUGAUAGAGAAAAACUUGGUGACAAGAGGAAGAGGAAAAGGGCUUCCGAGGAGUCUGAUGCGGAUCCCGUUAAACUUUUUGGGAAGCUGAAAAAUGAAUAUUACAGAUUGGGAACUUUCCAUGGCAAGCCUUCUGGCUGCUUAAUGUUCGACUUGGCUCAUGCUCUCAGAAAGAAUACCAAUGAGCUGUUAUGGUUAGCUUGUGUUUCCCUGACCGACCAGUUUGUCCAUGAGAGGUUAACCAACGAGAGGUACCUAGAUGGAGUAAUGGAGCUGGAACAGCACAUUAACAGCUCGGGCAACUUGGAUACAGUCUCUUCGGUUACUCUCAAGGAUGGUACCAUAAUUCAGGCGCCAGAGAAUUCUAGGAUUGCCUAUGAAGACGAGCCGAGGUUGAUGCUCUUAAGGGAAUGGAAUCUGUAUGACUCUAUGCUUUGUUCUUCUUACAUUGCAACCAAACUGAAGACGUGGAGUGACAAUGGACUGAAGAAAUUGAAGCUUCUUCUAGCUCGGAUGGGUUUCGCACUUGUGGACUGCCAGAAAAAGUUUCAAUACAUGAGCAUGGAAGUGAAGCAGAGGAUGAAAGGUGAAUUUGAGCGCUUCCUACCAGAGUAUGGCCUGACAGAGUUUUAUUACCGGAGUUUCUUCAGGAUUCAUGGCUAUUGCACCAAGCUGUCAGCUGCUGAUGUAGUGUAUGGAGUGACUGCUUUGCUGGAAUGUUUUAUAGAGGGAAAGGAUUCUUCUGCUGCCAAUCAAUUCUGGGUCGCUUACUCAGCUCUCUCCCUGACCAAUAUCGACCAGCUUAGAAAGGGAAUGCAGCAUGCUAUUGAGAUACAGAGAGCAAUUCUGAGACAGGGCAGCUCGGCGAUUACUAAGACUGGGUUUAUCAGAAGCAGCAGGAAAUUCCGAUGGGUGAAGCUCGAAGAUCCUGUGGACACUGCAAGGCUCGGGUAUCCCCAGGCUCUCACUAAAUUCUGCUAUUUCCUGAUGGAUGCUCUGAAGGAAAGAGGUGCGAGGAUGAAGCCUCUGAUAUGUGCGUGCUUGAUUAAAGAGUCUGGCAAAGUUCUAAUUGUUGGUGUAUGUGGGAGGCCUCGACUCGGCGCCCUUCAAGGCAACUCCUUUGGCAUCGGAUUUAGAAGCGCUGCUGAGGAGCUUGGAUUUGAAUACUAUCACGGGCUAUUUGAAUCUUCAUGGAUUGUCUUAGACACUGCAAAUGUAAGUUCCUUCAUGAUAAGGCUGACUGAGAAGCUCUGA